CCCUUUAUUCUGGCCCCCGGGACCAUUCUGGGCAUGUGAGGAUUAGGGGUCUUGGCCUCUCUAAUUCCCUUGUCAAGCUUCGGGAUGAUCAGAAGCCAUAGCCUUGCUAUAACUCACCAAGCAGGCCUUUCAAAGCAUUAAGCUCCCCAGCUGGGAUGAAGCCAGCCCAGUCACCCCAGCUUGACCUUUUCUGGCUGCUGUGCAGAAACCUUCCUCCUGGAGAGCAUCACUGGACUAACGCCUCUUUCCUGCCACCAGCAUUGAAUGGCCUGAGUAGAGUGGCAUCUAUAUCCUUCAUGAACAAUAAGGAACAUGCCAGGGUUGGCUUCUCUGCCUUAUAAGCAGCAAGCUGGUACAGAUGGGUAAUUCGUUACCCAUGUUAUCGUGAUGAUUGUUAUUGCUUCUGCUCCAAAAUGAUCCUGAAGUGCCCAAUCACCUGCUUCACUUUACCCAGCACAUCGGAGAGGUAGCAGUGGUAAGAGUGGCAGAAAACCUGUUAUCGGAGAAGGCAAAUCCUGUUGGGCUUGGAUGACUGCAAGUUCCACUGAAACAUCCCCCUCACUCACAAGUUGUUAUGGACCCUCAAAGACUUUGAACUGUCUGCACCUUGUUUGUUUGGAAAUCUAAAAUGACUCUAACACACUUGACUCUCUCUGACUUUAGUAAUACUUGAAGCCAAAUCACUGGCUUUUUGGCCUUUAUUAACUAAGUGCUAUGCAAAAGAAAAGGAAAAAAAGAAAUCUUGACACUGAUUGCAAUGGGAAUGACUAUUUCCUGCCUGGGUGGCCCUAUAUGUGGUUUUCUUAUUGGUAAGAUGAACUAGUUCCCACUUACUCAGUGGAAGACUUAUUACAGACAAGAACUUGAAACUUUGGUGACACUUGUUGUAGCUACUAAGUAAAUGGAACAUCUUAUGACUCACAGCUUUGCAUAAAGCGACCUGAAGAGUCUUGUUGCAGUUUUUAAAGCGUGGAAAGAAUCUGUGCACCUGAGUGAACUCUGCUUAAAGUGAGCAGUUUGCUGAUGCAGUACUCAGCAAACACACACAUCUAAAGUAUUAUUUUACUUCCAAAUUCUCUGCCAACCUGGAAGAUCAGGGAUCUCCGUCUCCACACUCUUCUUGUGCUGGGAAAGAUUGCCUAUUGUUACUUUAUGGGGCAGCAGCCUGGAAAAGUUCUUGGGGACCAGAGGAGGCCAAGUCUGCCUGCCCUGCACUUUAUCAAAGGAGCAGUGAAGAAAGAAUCAUCUAGGCAUGGAGGCCCACAUUGCAAUGUCUUCGUGGAACAUGCUGCAGUGCUUGAUUACAGUCUGACUGCAUUGGUGAGCCAUACAGAAAUACUUUUCAAGUUAAUUGGACAUUAUCUGCUCCAGAUCACAGGACUCGGGACAAGGCCAAUGUGGACAGACCUUAAGUACAGCAAUGAGAGAGUCCCAUAUUUACCAUUAUGGGGAGAGACUGAAAAGAAGGAUUCUGCCAUGUUAUUCACAAGGAAUUUUUCAGAAGCCCUUCAGAGGCCAGUAGUAUCCGAUUUUGAGCCCCAGGGUCUGAGUGAAGCAGCCCGUUGGAACUCGAAGGAAAAUCUCCUGUCUGGUCCUAGUGAAAAUGACCCCAAUCUUUUUGUUGCACUAUAUGAUUUUGUGGCGAGUGGGGACAACACUCUCAGCAUAACUAAAGGUGAAAAGCUCCGUGUCUUGGGCUACAAUCAUAACGGGGAAUGGUGUGAGGCCCAAACAAAGAAUGGGCAGGGCUGGGUACCAAGUAACUACAUCACCCCAGUGAAUAGUUUGGAGAAACAUUCCUGGUACCAUGGACCAGUGUCGCGUAAUGCCGCCGAGUACCUGCUGAGCAGCGGAAUCAAUGGCAGCUUUCUGGUGCGGGAGAGUGAGAGCAGCCCAGGACAGAGGUCUAUAUCACUGAGAUACGAGGGAAGGGUGUACCACUACAGGAUAAACACUGCAUCUGAUGGAAAGCUGUAUGUCUCCUCAGAGAGCCGCUUCAACACUUUGGCAGAGUUGGUCCAUCACCAUUCGACUGUAGCAGAUGGGCUCAUCACCACUCUACACUACCCAGCACCCAAGCGCAACAAGCCCACUAUCUAUGGAGUGUCUCCAAACUAUGACAAGUGGGAGAUUGAGAGAACUGACAUCACCAUGAAGCACAAACUUGGAGGGGGCCAGUAUGGAGAGGUAUAUGAAGGAGUCUGGAAGAAAUAUAACCUUACAGUGGCUGUGAAGACCUUAAAGGAGGACACCAUGGAGGUAGAAGAGUUCUUAAAAGAAGCUGCAGUCAUGAAAGAGAUCAAGCAUCCUAACUUGGUGCAGUUAUUAGGGGUAUGUACACGGGAACCUCCAUUCUACAUCAUCACAGAGUUCAUGACUUAUGGGAAUCUGUUGGAUUAUCUGCGCGAGUGUAACCGGCAGGAGGUGAAUGCUGUGGUGCUACUGUACAUGGCGACUCAGAUCUCCUCAGCCAUGGAGUACCUGGAGAAGAAAAACUUCAUUCACAGGGAUCUUGCUGCCAGAAACUGCCUUGUAGGGGAGAACCACUUGGUGAAGGUGGCAGAUUUUGGUCUGAGCAGACUGAUGACAGGUGAUACAUACACUGCUCAUGCUGGAGCCAAGUUCCCAAUCAAGUGGACAGCCCCGGAAAGUCUGGCUUACAACAAAUUCUCCAUUAAGUCUGAUGUCUGGGCCUUUGGUGUCCUGCUAUGGGAAAUUGCAACAUAUGGCAUGUCCCCUUACCCUGGAAUUGACCUGUCUCAGGUGUACGAGCUGCUGGAGAAAGACUACCGCAUGGAGCGGCCUGAAGGUUGCCCUGAGAAAGUCUAUGAGCUCAUGAGAGCAUGCUGGCAGUGGAGCCCUUCUGAUAGGCCCUCGUUUGCUGAAAUCCACCAAGCAUUUGAAACGAUGUUUCAAGAAUCCAGCAUAUCUGAUGAGGUGGAGAAAGAGUUGGGGAAAAAAGGCAUGAGAAGCGUAGUGAGUAACUUCCUGCAGGCUCCAGAACUGCCGACCAAAACGAGAUCGUCCAGGAGAGCUGCUGAAAGCAAAGAUGCCAGUGAGAACACGGAGAUGGCGCAUCCUAAAGGACAAGGGGAAUGUGACCCUCUGGAGCAUGACCCUGCUGUUUCUCCCUUGCUCCCGCGGAAGGAAAGAGUUGCCCUGGAGAGCAGUUUAAAUGAAGAUGAGCGGUUGCUUCCAAAAGACAAAAAGACCAACCUCUUCAGUGCCCUUAUCAAGAAAAAGAAGAAGACUGCCCCUGCCCCUCCGAAACGCAGCAGCUCCUUCCGGGAGAUGGACGGCCACUCGGACCGCAAGGGUGCGGGGGAGGAUGAAAGCAGGGACGCCAGCAAUGGGGCUUUCAUCAUGCCCCCUGCAGAUGCCAUGGAUGCCUCAAAGUGCCAGGGUCCAAGCAAUGGGGCUGGAGUCACUAACGGAGCUGUCACUGGGAACUCAGGCUUUUUAUCCCCUCACCUGUGGAAAAAAACCAGCGCCAUGACUAGCAGCCGGCCGACAACUGGCGAAGAAGAAUGUAGUUCUAAUGCCAGCAAGCGCUUCCUGAGGUCCUGCUCAGCAUCGUGCGUACCCCAUGGAGCCAAGGACACGGAGUGGAGAUCCGUGACGCUGCCCAGGGAUUUACAGUCCACAGUGAGGCAAUUUGAUUCCUCCACCUUCGGCGGGCACAAGAGCGAAAAGCCAGCCCUGCCUCGGAAGCGGGCGAAUGAGAACAAGACGGAUCUUGCCGUCAGGGGGACGGUGACGCCCCCUCCCCGGCUGCUGAAGAAAAAUGAAGAGACGACUGACGAUGUGUUCAAAGACGCAGAGUCCAGCCCUGGCUCCAGCCCACCCUCUCUGACACCAAAACUUGUACGCAGGCAACCUAUAAUCGCUCCUUCCUCCAGCCUGUCCCACAAGGAUGAUGGCAUCAAAUCCAGUGCCUUAGGUACCGCUGGGAUGGCAGACCAAGGUCCUACCGUCAAACCCAACUCUGCUGGGGUUGUGGUUGCCAGCAAGUCUUCCACGGAGGAGCCAAGGAUGAGAAGGCUCAAGCAGACUUCUGAGUCGUCAGGAAAGGACAAGGUGAAGUUAUCAAAGCUUAAACCGGCUCCUCCGCCUCCACUCUCCUCAGCUUCCAUUGGGAAGCCUGGAAAAUCAUCCCACGGCCCCAGCCAGGAAGCAGCAGAUUCAGGGUCUGGUACUAAAUCUAAACAGUUGACUCAGGUUGCAGACACUAUAAGCGGUGAUGUCGCCAAGCCAAACCAGUUAGGGGAGGGUGUAAAAAGGCCUGGGCUCCCCUCUGUACCAAAGCCACAGUCCUCUACAAAGCUGCUGCUGACCACAGCGGCCCCAGCCCCCUCAUCCUCAUCUGCCCCAUCUGCCCCGAGCGGAGACCAGCCAUCGUCAACGGCCUUCAUCCCUCUCAUAUCCACCAGAGUCUCCUUGCGCAAAACCCGCCAGCCUCCAGAGAGGAUAGCCAGCGGCACCGUCACCAAGGGAGUGGUAUUGGAAAGCACUGAGGCCCUGCGCAUUGCCAUUAACAAAAACUCUGAACAAAUGGCGAGCCACAGCGCCGUCUUGGAGGCCGGCAAAAACCUCUACACGUUCUGCGUGAGCUACGUGGACUCCAUCCAGCAGAUGAGGAACAAAUUUGCCUUCCGUGAGGCCAUCAACAAGCUGGAGAAUAACCUUCGGGAGCUCCAGAUCUGUCCGGCCACCGCUAGCAGUGGCCCUGCAGCCACGCAGGACUUUAGCAAACUUCUCAGCUCGGUGAAAGAAAUCAGCGAUAUUGUUCAGAGGUAGCAGAAGCCAGGUAACACCUUUUUUUUUCUUUUUUUCUUUUUUUUAUAUAACAGGCCAAAGCCAACUGCAGAGAGAACUACAACAUAUGCGCAAUGGUAGACUGACAAAGGACCUAGGGGCCUUCAUUAUAGGGAUUUGCAAAAGGCACAGACUGGGGAACAGCCCUACUGCCUCAAGUAGGGUGUUUAUCAAGAUGCACUUUUCUCCCUUUCACCGAGGUGCCCAGAAUCUCUCGUACUCAAAAUCCUCUGGUCUGUGGAGUUAUUGCCUUGUGGACUACAGGUCUAAAUGCUGAGGUCACACCAGGCCUUUUUAUAAUAAUUUGUUGUUUUUGGACAGAGCUUUAAGAUUGGAACCUGGACUGAUGAACACAGAUACUCUGCCCUCCUCCUGGAGGAUUUCCUACUGCAAUUUGAUUCCUUCCCCCUGCCCCUGUUGUACAUGAAGAUGAGUGUUUGAAUAGCAAUAUACACCCUGCUUUCCUGGGGUCACAGUGUCCCGUCCCCCGCAGACACAUACAUGACACUAAGGUCACACAUUUGGAGGUGGCGGGGGAGUUAUUAAUGAAACUUAGUAAUGAAACAGAACACUACGAAAUACGUUGACGAAACUCCUCCCUGUGGUUCUGUCAGUGCCCUUAGCUGCUGGUCAAGGAAUCCAUGUUUCCUCGUGUCCGGGAGCCCUUGACGAAUGGGUUUGGAAUGGCACGGAUGGACGCUGUGAAUGCAGCGGUACAGGAGUCCAUUUGUGGAUCCCUUUUGGUAACGAUAAAGGAGUGAGGUUAUAGAGGAAGAGCACAGCCGUGCUUUGUAGAUGCACAACUCUAGCCAGGCUCAGGCUUGGGGAAAUGGCAGAUCCUUUGUAAGAGCAAUGAGCUGACUGCAUCACUGAAUGAGGAAGAGAAGGAUGGCAACAGGGGAGGUGGAUUAGGAUGAGUCUAAAGAUACCACUUUGCCUCCAGCAGUGGUUCUAGUUGAGUCUGUGCAUCCCAAAUGUGCCUCAGCAGAGCUGUUGUUUGUCUAGUUAAAUUUCCAGCCACGUCAGUUACAUGAGAGUAAUGAGCUCAGAUAAGGGCUACAUCAGACCUGGACGGGGCUCGCUCAUACAGUCCCUGUUGGAAGAGGAAAGCAGCUCGUGGCGAGCCCUUCCUUUCAGUGUCCGUACAAAAUACCACUGAACAGUUUAAAAUCUAUACAUAGGGGUUUGGAGUAGUUUAUUUAAUUCCAGUGGAAACAUUGGUUACCCUAAUGAUUGGCUGGUUCUGUCCAGGAUUAAGCAGGGAUCGGAAAAGCCUGCAGAAACCUUUUGCCCUGGGUGCAUCUCUCAAGGGAGCAGUCUAAGGAUGCCACAAACUUCUGAAACCAUGACUCCUGGGCAGCCUUUCCCAGUUCACUUUGACCUUCCCAAUUAAUCCAAUGGAUUUGGGGACUAACUGUGACUCUUUGUGUUAUUGAAAGGACAAGACUUUAAGACAAUUAACAGUGCAAUUUAACUCCUUUCAACUCUGGCCAAGAGAAGAAAGCAAUCUCCCCACCCCAUUCCCUCAGUAUCUCCUGUGAAACCCCACCACGUGUAUCUUAAACACUAAUUGCUUUCCAUGAGAUUUUGUUUUUCCUCUUACGAACUGCUUGUUUUAUAGAUGAUUUCUGAUUGUUGUUCUCUGUGCUCACACCAUUCUCACCCCCACAGAUCACCUUGGCUUAACUCGUGACAGUAAAAUAAAAACAAAACAAAACACCAUAGGCUGCCUUUACAAAAUACAAACGUACAUGCAACAAAAAACCCACAAGCAAAAAAAAUAAAAAUAAAAACAACCCACCCCACCGAAAAAACACCCCUUGGACUAUCUCUUUUCUGAGGUACUGUUUUAACGUUGUUGAUAACAUAUUGUGCCACUAUAUUAUACAUUUGUAUCUCAGUAUUACACACUUUUGUAGACUUGUCUUUUUUACAGUGUGUAAAUAGCUCUGUCCUUAGUUUCUGUAAUACCAAAGGGGCUGUUUCCCCUUUAUUUUGGUCCAAUACAGAUUGUUUCUGUA